AUGCUUCUUGGAAGCGCUCUGUGCGGAAUUUCAGCUGGGUUCUUCUGGGCAGCUGAAGCGGCAAUCAUCAUCGGCUAUCCUUCGCCAGGGGAUCGCGCCUUUUACCUGGCAAUUUGGCAAACAGCAAAGGCUGCUGGGCCAAUUGUAGGUGGCGCCAUCAAUCUUGGAUUAAAUGCCAACAGGAAGACGACUGGCUCUAUAUCAUCCUCGACAUACAUUGUAUUCAUAGUCAUUAUGUGCCUUGGGUUGCCAAUCGCUCUGUGCCUGUCGCCUCCGACUAAAGUCUGGCGGCGGGACGGAACCAGGAUCAUCACUAACACCAGCUCCAGCUGGGGCGCCGAGUUCAAGGCCGUCGGAAAGCUGUUUAUCAGCAGGAGGAUUUUGCUUUUGCUUCCAGCGUUCUUUAUCAGCUAUUUCUACAAUGGCUUCAUGAGCACGUGGCUGGCUACUUAUUUUACUGUUCGCUCACGCGCUUUCUCAAGUUUCUUCACAAACUUUGCAGGAAUCUUCAGCUCCUUUCUCGUCGCUCUGCUGUUGGAUAACCAGAAGAUCUUCAUCAAGACUCGAGGCCGCGUGGUAUUUGUCUCUAUUGUUGCUGUCCUUGUUGGAACGUGGAUCUGGGCUUCAAUCCUGCAAAAGCAGAUUUACGAUAAGGAUGAGCCACCCGCGUAUGACUGGUUCCAGGGAGGAUUCGGUAAAAGCUACGCUCUCGUUUUUUUCUGGCAGUUCGGUGGCCAGGCCUUUCAGCAAUUCCUUUACUGGCUUGUUGGCCAAUAUGCAGCGAAUCUAUCGGACUUGAGUCACCACACAGGUAUCUUGAGGGGCACUGAGGCGUUGGGUCAAACCGUUGCCUGGGCGCAGUCCGAGGGCAACGCAAACCACUUUGUCAGCAUCGGUCUCAACUUUGGCAUCACCGUUCUAUGCCUCAUUCCUACGUGGAUAAUACUAUCUGAGCUUGAAGCAAGUCAUGAGAGCUCUAUCGUGCAAGAAGAGAUCCCGGAGAGGGUCGAGAAAUCUCCGCAUGAAGUUUAG